CUUGGUUGGUGUGGAUUUGAGGUUAAAGUUUUCAACUUUUCAAGUACCAAGUGUGUGUGAAAAACAGGUUGUCAUAUAAACUUAGACUAUACAGACUAGGAAAGAUCAUUUUUAGAAUGGAGGAGACUAAAGCUGCGCCACAAGAAGAGAAACCUUUUUCUGUACUUGAAAAAUUUCGUCAGCUAAAAAAAGAAAAGGAACAACUACCAGUUGCUCUAGAGUCUAAAAUCACACAAACAACUGAGGGAAUUCCAUCUACAGUGUUUCAAACGUCAAGUUCUUCUCCCUCGUCUUCUAACGGAGACAUUGGCAGAGGAGGUUUUCGUGGUCGUGGUUUCAAUAAAUUUGGAGGACAGCGUAAGCGGCGUUUUGAAAACACCAAUGAAAAACCUUCAAAAAGGUUAGCCGCAGAUCACUGGCGAGGUCAGAAGGAAUCGGACGUGGGAAUCACAGAGUUUCUCAGAAGUGGUGAUGGAUUCAACGUGAUAUUGAAGCACAGGUAUAGUGAUUUCCACGUGAAUGAGAUUGAUCUAGAAGGGAAUGUAGUCAAACUAACAUCGAUUGACAUACCAAAAGAAGCUAAAGUGGAACUAUCUACUGAAGAGGAUCCGAACAUUCUGAGCCCAGAACAGUGGAAGACACUGGGAGAGAUAGUGGAAAAGAAACUUUCUUCUACCAUUGAGAAAGAUGUGUCUGAGCUCAGUAAGGUACAACGCCAGAGAAUACACAAGGCUCUCAAGAUGAGGUUUGGUGUCCAUGUUUACAGCAACACUCUCGACAAGGACAAUCAGAAAGUUAUGACGAUAGGCUAUGGACUGAGUCAGAUUACUAGAGUCCAAUGGCCCGACGACAGACCAGAAUAUCUACACUUUGUCCUGUACAAGGAGAACUGUGAAACUUCCGAUGCCUUAACCGUCAUAAGUCGCUUAUCAAGAUUAAAGGUCAACAAGUUUGGUUUUGCUGGUACCAAAGAUAAGAGAGCAGUGACCACCCAACAGAUAUGCGUAAGAAGAACAGAGGCAAUUAGAUUCCAACGCUGCACUGAAUUGCGAGCUGUUGCUAUUGGAAAUUUUUGUUACAAGUGGCAUAACUUGAGGCUUGGAGAUCUCAAAGGAAACCGGUUUAGGAUGGUUCUGAGGAAUGUAAAAGCCAGUGAUGAAGUGAUAGGAGAGGCUGUUGAGUGUUUGAAAAAGGAAGGUUUCAUCAACUACUUCGGCAUGCAGCGCUUCGGACAGUCUGCUUUGGUGCCGACUCAUCUGGUGGGACAGGCCAUACUGCAAGGCGAUUGGAAACUGGCAACAGAGCUGAUUCUGAAGCCUAGGCCGGGAGAAGCCACAUUCAGCGAUGUGAAGGAAGCUCGUGAGGUGUGGUGGGAGACCCGAGAUGCUGAAAAGGCUCUCAGAUGUCUUGGCAGGAAAGAGAAAAGUAUCGAAGGGAAAAUAAUAUUUGCCUUGAGAACUCAUGGACCAAAUGCCUAUCAAAAUGCUUUUGAUGCACUGCCACACCACACAGUGACGUUGUACCUGCACGCCUACCAGAGCCUGGUGUGGAACCAAGUGGUGUCUCGCAGACUGAGGCAGUUUGGUGUCAAGGUGCUGCCUGGUGAUCUGGUGAGCAUCACUGAGGCGCCAGACACUUUUGUAGCACAAGACGGCGCAGAGCAUGGCGAUGAUCAUAGUGAUGAGGAUGAUGACGCACCAGUCAAGACUGGUUGCAAGAUCCAGGUGAAAGUUUUGUCAGCAGAGGAGGCAGAAACAGCCAGUAUCUAUGACGUGGUCUAUCCUCUACCUGGUGACGACAUCAGACUGCCUGACAACGAGAUCAGCAGCUGGUACCAUGAGUUCCUAGAAGCCAACGGUCACUCAAUGGAUUCCUUUGGACAAGUCAACCAAAAAUAUGGAAUGUAUGGAACUUACCGCAAAAUGCUGGAAACUGUAGAAGACCUCAAGUGGUACACCAAGAGAUAUUCUGAUCCUGAUGAAGAUCUGCUUCAGACAGACCUUGAUGUUUACAAUAAAAAACCUCCGCUGAAAAUUAACCCAGAUGGACCCUACAAAGCGAUGGUAGUUGAAUUCAAUUUAAAAUCCUCCUGCUACGCAACAAUGGCAAUAAGAGAACUUGCAAAGUGCGAUACUUCUACUGUCAGCCAAGCAAAGUUGACUCGUCAGGCGAGAGAAGAAGACUUAGCUUCCAGGAAACAGGAGGAAGAAGUUGAGAAGAUGGCUACUGAUUCAGAAGUGGAAGAAAAGAAAGACAUCUGUGAUAUGGAACAGGAUAGUGAAGACCCAAGGACUAAUGAAUCCAACAAUCACAAUGAACAACAGUCAAAUAGUGAUAACUUUGUUGAAAAAAAUGUCAAACUUGAACGAUAACAUUGUGUAAAGUAAGUUAUAGUAUUUAAUGAAGGUACCAAAUGGUCGAUUUAGUUUUAAUUUUCCAACAGCUUUUUUAAAUUUUCAAAAAACAUUUUUCAACAAACAUUUUUAACAUUUUAAAACAUAUUCUAACAGAAAAAGAUUUGUUUUAGCUGUAUGUAUUUAGUUUUUAAAUAUGCUUUGACUAUUCUCAAAAUUGAGAUUGUUUGUAUAUAAAAUCCAGCGGUGCAGACUUGGGUAUUGGAGCAAACUUAAAACGCUUUGAUAUUAUAUUAAAUGAAUUUUAAGAUGCAAUUCGUUUUACAUUGAUCCAAAAUCUUUUAGUAUUCCUGUGGCAAUAUUAUUUUUAAUAAUAAUGGUUUAAUUUACCUCUGUCAACAUGGUCCUUGCGUAGUUUGUCACUACUUCAGUUUUGUGCUCGUGGAGCACAUCUUUAGGUGAAGAUCACAAAAGUUAAAACAUUUUCCUCACGUGGUCGUAAAUUUUUGAAAAACACCAAAAACAAAUAACAUACGAACGGUACAAAAAACCAUUUACGAACUUGGUCAAUACAUUAAAACGUUACACACGGGGUCCGGCGCCGGUAGAAGACAAGUCAUGACUGACGUGUGCUGUAGUCUGUAGCCCCUACAUCGUCACUUCUCUUAUCAGAACCUUUUCUUUGGUCUUGUUCCAGGAUGUGAAUGGCGGUAUUUUAAAUAAUGUUAGACUGGAAUGAGAGUUGUUCGUUUAAAAUAUGGCUUGGAUGUACUUUAACUGCUCGGUAAAUCCCAAAUUCCUUAAUGGUGUCCAUAAAUUUACUUUUUUGACAAAUAUGCAUUACUUCUAAAUUUUUCUGUAUAUUGGUAUAACUGUGGUUUGAAUCAAUGAUAUGGUUGGCAAAAGCUGAUUUUGAAUUCUUUCUUGGUAAAUGUUCCUUAAAUCUAGCUCCACUCCUUAAAUCUAAACCGCGCUCCACGAGCACGAAACUGCAGUAGUGACAAACUACGCAAGUACCAUAUUGACAAAGGUAAAUUAAACCAUUAUUAUUGUUGCUGUAUGGUCCAAAGGCUACCCAUAAUUAUUUUUAAUGUUUAUUUUUAAGACAAUGAUAAAGAAACUCUGUUACUAAUCUAAAGUUGGAAUUGAAAGGUAAAUUAUGAUGCAGUAUUUUUGACUAAAAAGAGCAGGACUACUCAAAAUCUUAUAGCAAUAAUAAUUUAGUUAAUAACUUUUUGUUUGUUGAAACAUAAAAAAUGUCUAGACUUUAAGUGAUGAGCAAAACAUUUUCAACUUGAGUAAUUUUUGUCCGAUUUUGAUAAAAUUUGGUUUGAAGGUGUAAGGCGGGAUAAACUUGAAUGAGUUCGCGA